AUGCUGUCGAGCGAAAGUUCGGCAUCGAGCGGAGGCUCAAGUGGGGCUUCUAAAACCAGCAGCGGAUUGGGAAUCGACGUUCACACGAAGGUUCGAAACAAUCCAAAAAAUUUUUCCUUUUUUUUCUUGACCCAAAGAAACGAAAGUGAUUUUGUUUUUUUUUUUUCUGGGUUCCAGCAGAACGAAACCGCCAAUCGUGCGAAAGCAGAAAAAAUAAAAAUAGCUUUAGAGAAAAUGAAAUUGGCUUCGGUUAAAAAACUUUUCAUAAAAGCUUUCACGAGCGACGGAAGCACGAAAAGUCUUCUCAUAGAUGAAAAAAUGACUUGCGGAUACGUCACGAGGUUGUUGGCUGAUAAAAAUCACGUGACUAUGGAACCAAAAUGGGCGAUCGUCGAACAUUUACCCGAAUUGUACAUGGAACGGGUAUACGAAGACCACGAACUUUUGGUUGAUAACUUAAUGAUGUGGACGAGAGAUUCGAAAAAUAAAAUAAUAUUCAACGAGAGACCGGAUAAAUAUCAAUUGUUUUCAAAUCCGGAAACGUAUCUUCUCUCGAGCACGGACAUACUUUGCGAUUACGACGAUCAUUCGAGAGCCAUGCUUUUGGAAGAAUUUUUUUCCGCGACUUCGAACACUGUGCCGGAAAUAUCCGGUCCACUGUAUUUGAAAUCCGAAUCGAAAAAGGGAUGGAAAAAAUUUCACUUCGUUCUCAGAGCUUCCGGAUUGUAUUAUUAUCCGAAGGAAAAAUCGAAAUCGUCGAAAGAUCUCGUUUGUUUGACGUCAUUCGACAUAAACGAGGUUUACUUCGGUGUCGGUUGGAAAAAGAAAUUCAAAUCCCCAACGGAUUAUUGUUUCGCCAUAAAACAUCCGCGACUCCAACAACCCAAAUCCACGAAAUACAUAAAAUAUUUAUGCGCCGACGAUAGCAUCACGUUACAAAAAUGGAUCGUCGGGAUAAGGAUAGCGAAACACGGUCGACAACUUUUGGAAAAUUACAGGAGUCUUUUGGACGAUUUGGCACAAGAAGAUUUGGAUUUGUUAGCACACGCGAGAAGUUGUUCGGUCGCAUCGAUUGCCCAAACUAACUUGACGGAAAUACAAGAGAGAACAUUAACGAGACGUGAUAGCGUUAAUAGCAGAGGAGGAGAAUCGAGAGCAUCGAGUUCUUCGAGCAGCGGUUGCCUUAGCGAUGGUGCUUCUUGCGUCGAACAAGGUUUCGAAUCCGGGACCAUUAAAAGAAAACCAUCCGUGAAUCCGAAAUUACCUUUGACGUCAAUGACGAGACAAUUGAAAGAAGUCGGCGAAACCGUCGUGGUGGAUACGGUGAUCGAUAACGAAAACGGCGGAACUUUGACACGUGGAAGAACCGGAAGCGAAACGGAAGAGGGUAAAUUGUCGAAAACGGGAACAUUGACGAGGAAUUCUUUAAAAGAAGCCAUGAACACACUUUUGAAUCAAACAGAAAGUAUUUCCCGGGAUGAAAGUUCUUCCAAAAUUCAAAACAACGAUUUUGACGUCGACUUGUUGCCACCUCCGUCGGAAAUGUUCGAAAGCACUCUGAGUCUUUCGUCGCUGCCGCCACCGCCCUCUCAAAGCGAAUUACCCGUUUUCGACGAAUCCGAAUUGACUUGCAGCAGUUUGUCACUCGCGUCGCUUCCGCCUUUUCCGACGUCAUCGACGACGACGACGACACCAAGAGUUUCGUCUCCGAAAUCGGAUUUAUCGACUCCGGUAUCGUCGGGCGGUGCCACACCCGUGAACGCUUUCUCACCGGAUUUAACACCGACGAAUCGUUCUCCGGCUUUUUCCCCUCCGUCGACUUUGUCUCCGAAAGUUCCUCCGAAACCUUUUCACUUACUUAAAAAUAAUAAUAAUGUAGUUAAUUCUAUUAUUCCGUAUCAUAGUCAAAUGUCAAAUUCGGACUCGUUAAGAUCUCCUGUUAAAAGUACACCACCCAAAAAGAUAAGUUUUAAUUUCGUUCCUGAAGAAAUGACAACGACAGGUACGACAGCGGAAUCGCCGAAGAAACCAUUGCCGCCUAGGCGAAACGAAAAUACUUCGCUUACGAGCCCGAAAAAAAUCGCGAGCAAAGAAUCAACGCUCACGCCGCCCCCGAAAGAAUUCCUUAAAGAUUUACAAAGGGUCAUGAGGAAAAAAUGGCAGGUGGCACAAAAAUGUAAAUUGGAUACGUCGACGACGCCGCACGAAGUUUUAGGAUUUCGAGAUCCUCCGCCGCCCGUACCCGAUUACAAGGAAACGAACGUAUCGAAUUGGGUUCAAGAGCACUACGGUAAAACGGACAAUUUGUACGAAAAUGUUUAUCUCGUGGGUAGCAAAGGUAUGCCUGGUAGUGGUGGUAAUGGUGUCGUCGUCGGAGGAGGAGGAUUUGAAAAUUCGAUAGCUAUGGCGAUAGCUAAUAAAAAACGACCCCCGCCGCCGCCGCCGAAAAGAAGCGAAACGACGCAAUUGACGACGACGACGACGACAGCCAGGUUUCACUGA